AUGCCCACCACCUCUGGUACAGUCAGCAGUUUCGACGGAGGAAACAAAAUCACCGCCACUUUUGUUGUCGAUGGGGUACAGUGCACCUUCAAUGGCCGAUUUGAUCCCCCAGUUGGAGAUUUCAACAGCUAUGAUGCGAAGCUUGACUACAGCGACAUCAAACAACUGACAACUCAGAGAGAGUUCAGUGGGAAAGUCAGUUCUCAAAACCUUGUCAUCGACACGAAUAAUGGUGCAAAGAUCACCAGCCACUCCGACACGCCGAUUUCUCCUGUCAGUCGGUUCUCUGGAAGUGGAAGUUGGGAGCACAGUUGA